AUGCCUACAACUGAGGCGGAUAAGAUGACUUCCGCGGAGAGUGAAGCCGCUUCCAAUGGGUCAACCUCGCAAGAAGUCAUACUUUCAGUACCAGACUCUCGGCCAAGAGGAAUCUUAAGAAGAUGGGGUCUCACAUUACUUGCGUUCUCUGCCGCAGCCAUCAGUCUACCGCUUACGAGCCUCAACUCCCUGAUGCAACCAGCACCCAUCGAUCCCCAUGACUACGGUGCUCGUGCUAAAGAUGUGCUCUCCAAGACACCCCUGAUCGAUGGGCACAAUGAUUUGCCACAUCUCAUACGAGUUGAAUUAUACGGCAAAAUGUAUGAUGGGAGCUUCAACUUCAAUGAUAAACUAUUAGGACACACGGAUGUGCAAAGAAUGCGCAAAGGGCAGAUGGGUGGCCAGUUCUGGAGUGUGUUUGUUGAGUGUCCUGAGGCUCAUGUUGACAUUGAUGAUCCUACUCAUCUCGUGCGAGAUACACUUGAACAGAUCGAUAUCGCUAGACGUUUUAUUCACGAAUACCCGUCAACGUUUCAAUAUUGCGAUACGCCAUCCUGUGCACGUGCGGCGUUCAAAUCUGGUCGAAUUGCCAGUAUGAUUGGGAUUGAAGGUGGCCACCAGGUGGGAAACUCUUUGGGAGCAAUUAGACAAAUGUACGAUUUGGGCGCACGUUACAUUACUACAACCCAUAACUGCGACAAUGCUUUUGCGACAGCAGCUUCAACUGUAGCAGCUGGUGGAGAAGAUAAAGGGCUGACGCCUUUUGGUCACGAGUAUGUAGCUGAAAUGAACCGGCUUGGGAUGAUGAUUGACUUGUCUCACGUCUCCCACCAAACUAUGAGGGACAUUCUCUCUAUUACUCAAGCGCCAGUAAUCUUCUCGCAUUCGGGAGCAUAUGAGGUUCAAAAGCACUUACGCCACGUACCUGAUGAUGUUUUAAGGAGUAUCAAGAAAAACGGAGGAAUUGUAAUGGCUGUCUUUGUCAACCGAUUCUUGAAUAUGAAAAAUCCAGAUCAAGCCACCAUCCAUGAUGUUGUUGAUCAUAUCAUGCAUAUUGUAAAAAUCGCCGGCUGGGAAUGCAUCGGUGUUGGAUCCGACUUUUCUGGAACUCCAGCUGUGCCAAUUGGAUUGGAGGAUGUCUCAAAAUACCCCGACCUUGUUGCCUUACUGGCUGAGCGCGGUGCGACAGAUGAGCAAUUGCGCGGAUUCGCGGGUGAGAAUCUGUUACGAGUAUGGGGGAAUAUUGAAAAGAGAGGAAAGGAAAUCCAAGUUACGACCAAGCCCAACGAGGCAGCCACUGGAUUUGCAAACUCGCCAUUCAUGUUCCGGUCUACGAGGGAGAAGUCGAAGAAUCUAAAACGCGUACCUCACAACUUCAAUGUUAACAACAAAGGAAUACACGCGCCUGGGAACUGA